UUGAGCCACACUGAAGGAAUUUAGGGUACUAAUGCCACUCCGAGGAAAAGGAAUUUGCGUGACUCUGAUAAACAGCAGACUGCUCACUUUGCAAGCUUUGCCCUCCUCCUUCCUUCUCUUUCUUCUUCUCUCAUUUUCAUUUCUGUUGUAUAUUUCUCUGGGUUGAACUCCAUGAACUAACAAUCAGCUCAUCAGCCAUGCCUUUGGCGAACAUGUCUGGGUCAAAGUGGAGGCUGGUACUCAUUGCUCUCCUUACUUGUGCCUUAAUCUUCGAGUUGGAUGCCCAAGAGCAGAAGGCUGUUCUGGGAAGGACACCAAAGCCAAGGAAACCAAAGCAUGAGAAAUCAACAAACAAAGGGCCCAGAGCGAUAACAGUCAAACCAAAGGUCAAAGCUGCACGUGCAGAGCAGACCCUCCUCACGCAGGUGUUAAACAAAGGCAAGUUUAAGAAGGUGGGUGAGACCAUAAAUGUGCAAACAGGAGAUACUCUGGAGCUGAGGUGCAGGGGCAAACCUGUGCAGUGGAGCGUCCCCCUAUACCUGGAGGAGGAUAAUGAUGGGAGGCUCAGAAUUGUUCAGUAUGAGCGAUAUGGGGUUCUGACGUUGGUCAACACCACUGGUGCAGACACGGGGGAGUACACAUGCUACCCAAUGUACUGUGAAGACACUGACUGCAGGAAGGAAUACAGCAAAGCUGUUAAAGUCUUCGUCUUCUUUCCAGAUCCACAAGAACUAUUUGUUCCAUCGUCUGACUAUUACAAGGUGAUUCAGCUGAGGAGCAACUGGCCUACAGUCCUACCCUGUCAGGUGACGUCACCUGAGGCUAAAGUAACUCUGCACCGUGAGUACCCACCUGUGGAGCUGGACGUGGACAGGAGGGAGAUCUCCUUUGAUGUCAAGAAGGGCUUCACAAUCCAUCGACCUCGGCCAUAUCAUGCCGGAGCUUUGUACUGUGUUGCCAGUCUGGGAAACCUGCGGCAGAGCUCUAUGAAGUACAUGCUCAUCUAUGUUAACUAUCCUAGGGCUCCUCCCGCUCCAGUGAUCCAAGCGUCACCGAGCACAGUGACUGUGGGGGAGAAUCUACGUGUCACCUGCUCUGCGAUGGGAGAACGAGACGUGGCCAUAGAGUUCACCUGGGAUUACCCAGGACAAGAGAUUGGGAGACCUCCGUACACACAGGAGAGCGUUAUUCCGGUCAGCGGAGGAACUGCUCAGCAGCAGUCUCAGUCUGUGCUCCUCGUGGAUGAAGUUAGAGACGUGGACCAGGGAACGUACACCUGCACUGCUCAGAACAUGCAAGGAGCCAACUCAGCAUCCACAACCAUUAAAGUGGUCCCUAAAGCCAAACCUAAGAAACCAUAAGUUGGAUGACAUUACAGACAGAAAGUCGUGGUGAGAGAUCACAGCUGAGAUUUGACUGUCUGAGCAUUAAAUGUUUUUUCUUCUUUUUAAAGAUAAAAAUAUAUGAUCACAACAAAACAUUAUGCUCUCCAAACUGUAUUGCUCAAGAAUAGAAAUGUGUUUGUUUAGGUAAAUGUUUGUAUAUUAAACUUUUAUUUCCAUACA